GGUAGCGGGUCAGGCGGGCACAGGCGGGCACGGUCACCGAGCGAAUGAGCGAGGCUAGGGCAACGAUCAGGGGAAAGAUGGCCGCCGCGGCGAACAUUGCGCUGGAGAACCAGUAUUUUUAUGAGGAUGUCGUGUACCGUGUGGAUAAGCGAGGUAACGUCAUUUUCGGCAUCGUCAUGGAGAACGACGACCAUGACAUGUCUGAAGAAAGCACCGAUAGCGAAGACAGCCUGCCGAGACGCAAAAAGGGCGAGAUUCGCAUGAUUUGGCACCCGUCUGGCAUCGAGGAGUUGGUCAACUGCAAGAAGAUUCACCUGGCAGAUAGGACACUCAUGCCUGGAGAUGUGGUGCGCAGGAUGAUCAAGGGGAAGGACACGCAGAGGGGUUACUGCAGGGAUAUUGAGCUGACUGCUUGUGUACAGGUCAUUGGUACCAAACAGGUUCUCACAGACAUCAAAAGUGAAGAUCUCAUUCCUCUGCAAGAAUUUGCGACAGAUAUGGCAGUUUGUAUGGACUCUUGGGUUGGUGGAAUCAGAAUGACACAUUGUAAAUUAUGGUUGGUAACACCAGAUGGUUCUCAUUGUGUUGUGAACGAGAUGAAUUCCUAUGUGUUGGGACAAUUAGAAGAGACACGAGAUAACGACAAUGAUUUCCCACAUUCCACUGAGUUCUACCCUGGACAGAGUCUGUGGGGACCAGUUCACUGUUUAGAAGAAGCACAGUGGAUCCAGUGCACAAAGGAGAUGAAAGCAAAGAGAAAAUUGAAACCACAGAAAAUCACUAAGCUGAUUGUAGAGAAGAUGGAGACCGACUGGGUGGGCGUGCAUUGGCAAUGUCGAGCGUACUCAAAAGAUGGUGCCUGGUCUGACCAAGCUCAACCAAAAUUCGUGGUCGAGGGUGAGGACUUGAAGAAGUUGAAACUACUGAACGUGUUCGAGCCGUCCACUGUGCAGGUUGGAGAUCGUAACUUCUACCUCAUCAAAGGCGACGAAAACGUCAUCACGCGAGAACAGUGGCGAAAGCAACAGAGGGAUGUCUUCCAAGUUCCUAAGCAGAGUCCGAAGAAAACACGGCCGACUAUCACAGUGACGAAGUUGCCGGAUGACAAGAGAGAGCCGAGUAAGGACAAAAUGCCCGAGCCGCAACAGCAGCCAGCGGACGAGAAUGCUCAAAGUAACAGUAUUAAUAUUCAAGAUGCCACGAGCAACAACACCCUGUUGCAGCCGCCCCCAGCUCAACGCGCCGAGAGCUCCGACGAGUGGGACACUGAAGAUACCACUGGCUCACAAAGUGAUACCGCCUCGGUCUCUAGUGGCUGUUCCAGCAUGUCAUCAAUGGGAAAGAAAAAGAAGGGUCCUGCAUUGAUGACAAAAGUGCUUAAGAAAAAGAAGUUGCGAAAGGCGAAAAAGAAAGUAUCGCCUGUGCCGUUAAUUCCCGGGACUAAGAUAGUCGUAGAGACGUUAUCCACUAAUACGAAAGCUAACGUGGUGUGGCAAGACGGCUCAGUAGAAUUUGGUAUACCAUCGACACAAUUAUAUCCAAUCCAUCAUCUGGAUGAUAAGGAAUUUUUCCCAGGUGAUUUCGUCGUAGAUCAAAAGGAGGAAUCCAGGAUAUACGGCGUUGUACAGAGCGUCGAUCAUCAAGGCCGCACAGCCAAGAUAAAAUGGUUCAGGACUUAUACUUCCAGUCAAAAUCCAGAACCGACUUUCCUGGAGGAGCGCGAAGUGAGUGUCUAUGAUUUGAAGGAUCACCCGGACUUCCAAUACAGACCUGGCACUCUUGUGAUCCGAAUAGCUAAUUUCGAAGGCGAGGACGCCGGAUGUACCGCUGGUCAAGUGCUGGACAACUAUCCAGAGGGCCGAGUGAAAGUAUGGUGGGUCGAUGGUCACAUCAGUAUGUGUUGGCCGCAAGAUCUAUACAAGGUGAGCGAGUACGACAGCGACGAGGGAGAGCUAUGGGACGACGUGUCGUCCGAUUCAUCGUGGGAAACUGAGCUGGAAGAUUGUUUCAUCGCCGACAACGACGGCUCCGAUCAAUCGGAAUUUGAGAACAUCAAGCCGAAGUUAGCAGCACAUAUCGAGAAGGCACGAAUCGCUAUGUCAAGAUUAGAGGAAAUCUUCACGCAAAACCCAUUACUGCAGACUACCGAGGUCAUGAGGAAGCUACUCGAGGUCUAUAAGGAUUGUCGUUAUAUGGACAAGCUCAUGGGGACCUCGUUCUUUCACGAGUGUCACUUCCAAGGACUCCUCGAACGGGUGAGAGAACGCGGCAGGGCAAAUGUUGCGCAGCGUAUGGCAGACCAGGUGACGCGACUCUUCACGCCCAAAUCCGAGUGUUCGGAGGAAUCUACGGACAAGGAUAGCCCGAAAUUUUCAGGCAACGUUGAUGAUCAGUGCGCAAAUAACGUGUUAGAGAAGCAGGACACUACGAGCAUGGACACGUCGGAGAGUGAGAAUGUCACCAGUGUCGACAACGUCGCGAAGAAGCAAAGUAACGAGGAGUCGGUCAAUCGACUGUUCAUACCCGCCACUUCCAAUCCCGAAGACUCCGGCUUGUACUCCGCGGAGAAUUCGAAGAAGGAGUCGGGCUCGAGCGAGUCCAGCGGUGAGUUUCUCAUGAGCGAAGACGUGAAUAACAUGCCAGAAUGCUCAUCAGCAACGGACGCGCUCGGACCGUCCGAGAAGGUGGACACGGCGAAUCGGCCUAAGCCAAUUCCGCCGUCGAAUCUGCCGAACUCUCAGGCCGCCGGCACAUCAUAUGUAUGCGUGAAGUUGUGUAAUCUCAUCAAGGCACAGCUCGUGUUAGCACACGGCGAGGUGUCCAAGCGUUUUGGUUUGGGUAAGAUGUCGUUGUCGGACGCGGAGAAGAGCUCCGGCUCUCCGCGGAAGAAGCAGAAGGGCGAGGAAGAGGAAAACCGAAAUAUGAACGAGAUAGUAGCCGAGCCGUCCGAGUGCUCUAUCGAGAUCCCGCCUCUUGUCUGCGCCGAGGGAGAGGGUUUCUCCAUAGACGAGACCGCACCCGAUAGCCACAAGUUUAAACUGACCAUGUUCCAACCCACCGACCCGACCAACUUCUUCCGGACGGUCUCGAAGGAGUUGAAGCUGCUGAAGAGUUCAUUGCCACCGGGUGUAUGGGUGAAGGGAUUCGAGGACCGUAUUGAUCUAUAUUCCGUCAUGCUUCGUGGUCCUGAAAAGACACCUUACGAGGAUGGGCUGUUUCUCUUCGACUUUCAGUUGUCGGCCGACUAUCCGGUCGCGCCUCCUCUCUGCCACUACAUCUCCUACUGCAGCGACCGUCUGAAUCCGAACCUCUACGAAGACGGCAAGGUGUGCGUGAGCCUAUUGGGCACCUGGUCUGGACGCGGCACGGAAAUGUGGACUACCUCGUCGACCCUGCUACAGGUGAUCGUCUCGAUCCAGGGUCUGAUCCUCGUGAGCGAGCCGUACUUCAACGAGGCAGGUUUCGAGAAGCAGAAGGGCUCGCAGCAAGGGCGAGAAAAUUCGAGGAUGUACAACGAGAUGGUCGUGCUGAAGCUGGUGCAGGCGCAGACCAAGUUGUUACUGCACCCGCCACCGGUGUUUAAAGACAUCAUUACCGCGCAUUUUAAGAAACACGCUGAGAGAUUGUUGCUGAGACUGGAACUGUGGAUGGGGAUAUCCGAGCAGCACAACAAACAGCACCCGUUGUCUCCAGUCACCCCUACCACGUUCAAAGAGUUCGCCGAUAUUGACGAGAAAGUGCUGCCCGAAUUCCCGCUGAUUCCGGCGUCCCGGGGCUUCUGCAUAACUCUCCGCAAGACUCUAGGAACGUUCAAACAGGUGCUCAUUAAAGAAAAUAUAAUACCAACGCCAAGUGAGUGGCAGGGCAGUGAUAACGUCAAGGAGUUAAUGAACAAUACCGCCAUACAGUGCCAAGAAACGUCCAAACCCGCCGUUAAAGCGGCGAUCUAUGACAGAAACAGCAGCAAUACGCAGGAAAGUAAUAACAAGCCGACUUCGAGCGGCAGUAGUCGAUCCGUUAAUAAGGAAGCGACGACGUCAACUUCGUCAACGAAUUGCUCCGCGGCCGCGCUGAGCGAAACGAAAACAAGUACUUCGAGCCAAAACACCAGCUAGCCACAAGGUAAAAGUAAUCUUAAGUCUAAACUCUUAGCACAUAUAAAUUAUACGACUAUUCGGUAAUAUAUCCAAAUAAAUUCAUCUCGGGCGGAAUUUUCCAAUCACACACACACACACACACACAUAUACACACUCUCUCUUCACAUACGUAUACAUACACACAUAUAUACAUGCAGAUAGCAAAUGCUGAUACACCCGCGGUAUACAUAUAUAAAUAUAUCUAUCGAUAAUAAUGUCAUUUAACAAAUCACGACGCGAUAAAAUUCCCGAACAGAAAUGCCGGCAGUCAUUGCUCUCCAUAGCUAGAAACUAUACUUGUUGUUCUAAAAGUAAUCGCAUAGCGGACACACGUUGAACGCGAUCAUAGUGGCAUGGACUAAUGAGCGACUUUACAAAUUCUACAACUCGCACAUGACUUUUCGUACACCGUCGAGAACGACGAGCCAUAAACGUCUGACUAUGAAGCCGUCAAAUUGACGUUAAGCGCCCAAAAGCAAAAAGGCAGAAGAGUAAAACAAAGAAGGAGAGAGAAAAAAAUCUAUGUAAUACCUGUUGCAUCUAAUUGCUUCUUCUAAAUGAACUUCUAAAUGAAGAGAGCUAUUACGUCGAUUCUGUGACAAAUAAGAAACUAGUUCGAAUUUCAAUUUAGCGAACGAAGAAAAAACAAGAAAAAGAGAAGAGGGGUGCUGUAUAUGAGACUUAACGUGGAUACAAGUGGGGGAUUUGCCAUUGUCUAAAACAAAAAAAGAUGAAGAAGAAAGAGCAGGAAGGAGAGAGAGAGGAAGAAAGGAAGAAACUCAGUGGAAGAUAAAGACCAGUAGCAAUACGUCGAAUUAACGAGGAAACACUCUUUGCAAUAGGAUUUUAAAGAGAUGUAUACAUCGGUUAAAACAAUAAACAAUCGAUAAUUUUAAGCGCGUUUUCACGACCGCACUUUGAGUAAUGACGUCAUCGAGGCGAAGCAAUGGAUCGAUGAUUAUUAUUCCCGUCGAGUGUGUGUGUAUUUUGAAGUUAUUAUGCCAUCCAUGAAGUACUACGAUAUUCUCAAGCGAAAUUCAAGUGACUUUAAUCGCAACGAUAGGACAGAAAUAGCUUUUAGGAACAAACAAACACAAAAAAGUAUUUAGAUGAAAUCUACCGACGAUGACUAGUUGUCCGGUGUUAUGGAUCUUCUUAGCGAUAGCUCGUAAAAGAGGUAGAGGCGAAUUAGCGGGACGCAUUUCAAAUCCAUCAUCGAUCAUCCCACUGUCGAGAGUCUCCAUUGCAUUUCUCCAUUGCAUGAUAUUCUCUCUCUCUCUCUCUCUCUCUCUCUCUCUCUCUCUCUCUCUCUCUCUCUCUCUUUCCUUCCAUUACUAUACGUUAAUUUCCGAGGAAAAGUUUAGGACUGACUUCUGUACUUACUGUCGUUUAAUGAUUAUUGCUAUUGUUAAUAUUAUUAUUAUUAUUGUUAUUAUUUAGAACACUAAUAUUUAUGGUGCGCCGUAAGUGGAGUACACAGUAUUAUAUUUAUUUAUUUCGUUUAUACAUAUAUGUAGGUGUUAUACGUCACAUGUAUAUUUACGUAUAUACUCCGGAAGAGUCGGUGGGAUUAAAAGAAAAAGUUCGCCCGAGAAUAUCCAGGUAGAAAGGUUUUUUUGCGAGCUCGAUGAUCGAGAAUCGUCGAUGAAGCGAUACUUAAGGCAUUAAAUAAGAGACGAUUAAAAGAAGGAAAACGCAACGGCAACAAUAUCGAUUGCAUAGGCGUCAGCUCUCUAUUUCGUAUCGAUCGUAGUCGGUCGUUUCUGCAAGAAGCCAUGCGCGCGCGUCCUCCGUGAGAAGAGAGAAAAAGUCGGAGGAGAUGUUGAGGAUUAACUUGUGAAUUUACUUUAUAGUCGCGUCGCUGAUGUCGAAUACGUGGCUGUCAAAAUAAAAAAAGGAAUGAGGAAGGAAAACGGAAUAGACGUAUUCUAGUCCAAUACGAAGUCCUAUGUACGGCAAACAGACGUUUAAUUUUUGUUUCGUAUUCUUCUUUCUUCUUUCGAUAUUCAUUCAUACCACACUUUGCUUUCGCCUACCUUUCACGUUCCAUUCCGCCCCCUGCUUUUCGCUCUCUCGCUCGUUAUCCUUAUCAUUUAGAGAUUGUUUUACUUGCUUUACGGACGAAAUCGUCGUCGUCGUUCCUUCGCGUCUGCGAAUUUUCAGUCCGGAACGUUUAUCGAGCUCGACCUCUGACACACUUGCGUCUCCAUUGUACAAUUGCGUUUGGCGUAUGGAUUCAGCCGGAAUUGCAACGAUUUCGUGAUAUAGUUUACUACAGAUGUAACUCGGUCUCCUUAAUUUUUGGAUCAAUAAAAAGACAUUACAGGAUCAAUGGA